UCCUUAGGCAUGUCAUCACUGUUUCCCAGCACCUUUUUUUUUCUAAAAAGAGUAUCAAAGCUAUUUCAGUCCUUGUGAUGGGAUUAAUUUUCCAGAUGGUUGAGCUUCCUCCUUUAGAGACUCGUGUACUCGAUCCUUCGUCCCAAAGUUGUCUGUAAAACAUUUUUCCUUAUCCUUCUAUUGACCAACCGAUGAACUGCAUGACCACCACAAAGCGAUAUGCAGAUCUUGCUAUACGGUAGAAAACAAAACAGAGAAAGGGUUGCAUCUUCGCUGCAAAGUUUUUCCCGCAGAGACGGAAGUGGUCAGGAGCCAACAAUAUUUCAGCAUCUGCAACCUAUCAGUUCAACACACACCUGACAUGGGGAUUCUUGAAACACUAUGCGAACAACCCCACCUGGCAGCCCAAUUCAGCCUAAUCUGUGCGCGCCCUGAUUUUUUACCGCACGAGGCCGGGUCAAGGUUAGUCCCUACCAGCCACUCACUGUUAACUCUGGUAACUGCGGAUCGUACAGAGAAGUCGCACUGUUGCGCGGUUCCUUUACCUUUGUUGUUGUUGUUAAAGGUAAAACAACAAGCAAAUUACAACUCUGCCCAUAUUAUGUAACUUUCCGCAGAAAAUGUAGAGAGGUCAGCCCAGGCAAAACAUCCAUGACGGGAAGUUGUUAGGUGAGGUUACGCUGAUAGUCACGCCUACCCUCGCCGAGGUCGCUACGGCUGCAUGGAGGGCUGCUGAGGUCAAGCGGCUAUUUUUGGAUGUCGGCCCUCGCAACACAAGAGCCAGAUCAAAGGAAUUUUAAGAUCAACAGUAGAGAAGAAUGGAGCAUUCUUAUGUGGUUGAUCAGCACUUAAACAAGAAAAGGGGAAAGAAUACAACAGAUGAUGAUUCCAGAAGCAGCAUUAAGAAACAGAUCUUCUGCAGUACUUGCAAGAUGGAAUUUGCAAGUCAGGAGGACCUGCAGAAGCAUAUGGAGACUAAAAGGCACAAAUAUGCUGGUCACCUCAGUCAAAAUUCAUCGCAGAAGGACGAUGCUUCUCAGCCCUUAUCUGACAUUUUAGUAGAGUGUAAAGAUCAAGGUGUAAAGAUGUCAGCUGAUAAUCGACAGUUUUCCGUCAAGGUAGAACUGGGGGUAAAGAAGACUGUGACCUUGAAGGUGACCAACCAGUCAUCACAGCUGACUUUCAAAUUGUUGUCUUGGGGUGAUCUAGCAUCGGAGAGAGAUUAUUUUCAGUACAUUCAGCCAUCUCAGAUGUGCCUUUCACCAGGUGAUGAGGGCACUCUUCAGCUGAAAGUCUGUGUCAGUCAGGUGGGCGAGCUAUACCGACAUGUAAUCUUCAGUUUUCAUGCAGCUCUACCAUUGCGUCUGACGUACAUUUUCCACUUUUCAUGCAGUGACAGUUUUGUUGAUGAUCUAAAAAAAGAUGCUAUCGAGCCUUAUCGAUCACAAAAGCCACGCUUUAUACCACCACCUGAAACUGUAAUUAAGGGUGUCCAACUACCAAGAAAAUCAACAGACAAGCUUUCAAAGGAGUUGCCACUGAAAUCAUAUAGAGCAGGGAAACUUCUCAGUUACAUAAACCGUGGAUUUGAAGAUAAAGGAGAAAAAUUAAAUGAGCAAAUGCGUUCAGAAAUGAAGGUUCUGAGGAGUGUGCUAGAGGAGGAGCUUGCAUUCAGUAGGUAUGCCAAGAAGCUGAGCACUCUUUUGCACUGUGAGGAAGCCCAGGUGGAAGUGGAACUUCACAAAUAUGACAUGAUAGCCACCAUGAAGAGGAGAGGAGCUUCUUCUUUGGUUUUGGAGGUUCCUGGUCUAGCAGAAAAUAGACCUUCAGUUCUGAGGGGAGACCAUAUACUGGCGAGAAUCCUGGACAAAGAUGGACAAAUAGGUACAGAAGAAUACCAGGGCUUUGUUCAUGAUGUGGAACAAACACGGCUUGUUCUUGGGUUUCAUAAGAACCUGCUGAACAUCUUCCAGAAUGACUUGGAGUUUCACGUACAGUUUGUCUUAAACCGGAUGCCUCUGCUUCUGCAACAUCGUGCCAUAGAGACAGCAGAGGAGGAGGAACAAGACAUGGAAAGUCUUCUAUUUCCAUCAUAUGACGUUGUUGGGGUUUGGGGUACAUUCCACGAUCCAGCCCAGCCCCUUUCUUUCUAUUCAGUGAACCCUGCACCUAACAAGGAGCAGGACUGCGCUAUACGACACAUAGUGGCAGGAACCUCUCGCCCAGCUCCAUACAUUGUGUUUGGUCCUCCCGGCACCGGAAAAACAUAUACUAUUGUUGAGGCUAUCAAGCAGGUGGUCAAGUGCUUCCCUCAUGCACGAAUUCUUGCCUGCGCUCCUUCUAACAGUGCUGCUGACAAUAUUGCAGAAAGACUUUACGAGCACCUUGAUAAAGAUGUCUUGUUACGAAUGAAUGCUGCUAGUCGAAAUAGACGGACCAUCCCUCAAAAGUUGUUGGAUAUUUGCAAUGAGGAUAAAUCAGGACAUACCAUAUUUCCAGGCAAAGAAACCCUGCAGAAAAAGCGUGUCAUUGUGUGCACCCUUAUCACAGCUGGAAGGCUUGCUUCAGCCUGCUUUCCACCUGAGCACUUUACACAUGUAUUCAUCGAUGAAGUGAGCCAGGCAACAGAGCCGGAAUCUCUUGUACCAGUUAUCAACAUACUGAGCAUGACAAACCGUGACAAGGGGGGACAACUAGUGCUUGCAGGAGAUCCCAAACAGUUGGGGCCAGUCCUGCACUCACCAUUGGCACGCCAGUUUAACUUAGAUGAAUCCCUCAUGGAGCGACUGAUGAGAACCUUGGAGCCAUACAAGCGCUUCUCCAAACCUAAAGAUGGCCAAUACUAUGAUGUUCGAGUGCUUACAAAGCUGGUAAAGAACUACCGCUCCCACCCUGAAAUCCUUAUAGUGCCCAACAAACUGUUUUAUGAUGGAGAAUUGGAACCUUUUGCAGACAAAUCCUCAAGAGAACAGCUUUGUGGGUGGGAUGGUUUGCCAAAUAAAAAAGCACCUGUGGUGUUCCACGCUGUUAUAGGGGAAGACAUGCAGGAGGCAGGGUCUCCAUCCUUCUUCAACCCACAGGAGGUGUCUGUUGUAAUCAGCUACAUUACCAAGCUGGUCGGCAUGAAGAUUUCCCCACAACAAAAAAUUGAAGCAAGGGAUAUUGGCAUCAUCUCCCCAUACAAGAAACAGGUGCAAAAAAUUCGUAGUCAGCUGACCAAGCUAAAUAUCGAUGACAUCAUGGUUGGGUCAGUGGAGGAAUUUCAAGGUCGGGAGAAAAAGAUCAUCAUCAUCAGCUCUGUGCGCAGCCAGCCAAAGUUCAUGCAGACUGACCUCAAGUUUCGUCUAGGCUUCCUUACAAACCCAAAAAGGUUCAACGUAGCCUUGACACGAGCAAAAGCGCUGCUGGUUGUGAUAGGCAAUCCCACCAUUCUUUCAUGUGAUCACAACUGGCGGACAUUCAUCACAUAUUGCAAUGAGAUGGGAUAUGUACGUGAACCACAGCUUAUGACAGCAAUGAAUGAAGAGUACAUGGAAAAGUUGCUUGAUCAGAUGUCAAUCACCCAGCAGUAAUGGAGAGUUACAAGUUUCUUACAGAAUUUGUACAGAACAGCUGUUUGGUCAGUGCCAAUAGUCCUCAGCAUACCCCGGUGUACAUUAGUGUCAAAUUAUUUGUCACUGUACAUGUUUUUUUCUUGCAUAGUUUAAGUGAUAAUCUCAUAUGUUAUGCUUCCCAAGAUGUGGUCUUUAUAUUUCCAUUGCUUUUAUUGCAUUUCUUGGUUUUUGUAUUUACAAUUUCUUGGUAUUGAAAGUUUAACUACAUCAGCAUUAGUUGUAUGUGUACAUUUUAUUUGUGAGCAUAGUUUUAAAGGUACAGUGGCUUAAAUAUGAGCUUGAAAACAGCGAGUCCAAGUGAUUACUGCAGACAAGUCAUGAAUGGAAGCUGUUAUGUGAUAUGAUGAGAACAUUUCUUAACAUUUGUAGUUUAUACUUACAACUUUUAAAUACAUAAGGUUGUUGAUUUUAUGCAAAGUGUAAUAUUGCUUUAGAGUUUUUGCUAAAGGAACUCUUAAAGGUCUUAGUAAGAUGCUUAGAAUGGAUAAAGUAUUUCCACUCUUUUGUGAGGAAGAAACGAAAGGCCUUUUUGAGUUAUCUCACUACCUACUAUGAAAUAUAGGACACUCAUGUUGUGCAAAAAUAUGGAUAGUUCAUAGGUGCUUUUGAUUAAUGAUAAAGCCAUGAAAAAAUGUCAGGUUUACAUUAGCUUUGUUGUCAUUGGUUACUAAACAUUGUCUUUCCAUUUUCAGUUUUUCAGAAAAGCUUUAAGCACUAAACAAUAGUCAAUCAUUCCAUUUAUUCACUGCAUUAGGCUAUUAAAUCUGCAGAAUUUAUAGACGCAGUAAUUGAAAAGACACACUUUUUCUCUCUCUCACACAUUUUCAUUCACACCAACUAUUUUUCAUUUAUUAGAAAACAGGAAACCUGUGUAGUGUUUAUAACACACAAGGUCACAUAUCUGCUGGUAUCGUAAGUUCAACCAACUCUUAAAUACCCCCUAAUGCCUCGGCUUUUGAAAUUUUCCAGAAGAGUACCACUUUAAAAAAUUCGUGUUGACCAAGUACCACCUCCCAACCCUAGCCCCUACAUAUAUAUACUAGUCUAGGACUUAGUAUUAGGUUCGCUGGUAUUUAGUAAAUGAUUUAGUGGCAGUGAUUUAUUUUGGCACAUGGUGUUCCUGUGCCACCCAUCAUACCUUCGUGUACCAGGGGCCCUGAUUGGAUCACCCUAUCACUGAGCCAAAGUCUGGUGUAGAAUAGCUGUACCUUGUUUUAGAAGCCUUCUGUAGUUCUUGCUAUUAUCAAAUGUAGCAGAACUAGGACUUGAUAGAAAUUUAUUUUGUGAAGUGCAAGUGUAAGGUUUUCUCAGGUUACAAGUCUGAGAGAAUGGCCUUGGCUGCUGAAUACUUAGUUCUUUACAGUUUAGUCCAACAGGUUAGUCAAAAAGCCCUUUGCUGCAACUAAUUUUUUUCAACUACUUUAAGAUAACUCAUAUUUCCUUGGUUCCAGAAUUGCUGACUGUGCUCCUAUUAGUUAUUAUUAUUGUAUGUUGCUGUUUUUGUAAAGGGAUUUUGAGCUCACCAUGAUAAUGGGUAAAGGUGCUAUUAGAAUGAAAGAUAUUAUUAGUGCUAUUGUAGUGUGUGUGUGUGUGCAUGAAAGUGUGUGUGUGUGUGUGCAGAUGCUGCUGGUAGAUAAGAUUUUUGGAAUAAUUAGCUAAUUUCACACUGACAUGUUUCUUUUGGCUUGGAAGACAGGGUUGGGUUGUGACACUUCCUCCUGAUCAUAUUUACAAGUGCCAAUAGACUUGGCCAAGCCUCAGAACUUGAUGAACUUGAUGAACACUUUCCUUUACAAAGGAGAUACUAUGCACCCUGCUGUUUUAAGUCUACAGGUUUUCUUGAGUGUUUAGACAAGCAGCAGCAGUCUGGGAUAAGGUUUUAUGUCCCCAAAAGCAGCAACUUAAUGUGCAGCUAUUAUCCCUGUUGGAUUCUUUCAUGAGCAUAUGUCAAUAAAUCUCAUGUAAAAAGUAAAA